GUGCGCUCGUCCCUUGAGACGCAGUCCUGCGCCGGUGGAAAUGAGGAGUGGGUCAAGCAGCUAAAGGCGUGCAGGGAGGACUUGAAACAGUUCAUCAACGAGCAGAACUGCGCGCCGAUCCUUAUUCGCCUUGCUUGGCAUGACUCCGGCACCUACGACCAGCGCAUCUCCGAGUUCCCACAGCGAGGGGGAGCCAACGGGGCCAUCCGAUUCGAUCCGGAGAUGACGAUGGGAGCGAACGCAGGCUUAGACAAGGCAAAGCGAUACCUGGAGACUUAUGCGAAGAAGUACCCACUCAUCUCGUGGGCAGACCUCAUUCAGCUGGCCAGCGCCACUGCUGUCGAGGUCGCAGGAGGACCAGUGAUCGACAUGGUCUACGGCCGCGUGGCCGUGAAUAGCCCUGCCGACUGCGUUGGCGCGACCUCCCGCGAGGGCUUUGCGGGCAACGCAGGGCUUCCAGAUGCCAUGCCACCCUUCGGGUGCGGCGCGACGUCGCCCGCAGAGCACCUCCGAAACGUCUUCACGAAGAAGAUGGGCUUCAACGAUCAGGAGAUUGUUGCCUUAUCUGGUGCUCACACAGUUGGCCGCGCGUUCAAGGAGCGAAGUGGUACCUGCCCCUUCGGCUAUGGUGACGCCAGCGCCUCCAAACACACCAAGUCCACGUGCAAGGUCCGAAAGGACAGUGCUGCUGGCGUUGGCAUGUCGGGAGGCUGCGCGUGGACCAAGAACUGGCUAACCUUUGACAACUCGUACUUCAGCCGCUACAAGGAUGCCAUGGCGGAUGACAACCUGCUGUGGUUCCCCACGGACGAGGUGCUCCACACCGAUCCAGGGUUUAAGCCGCAUUUCGAGAAGUACGCAGCUAACCAGACCCUCGGCGGAGCGCCUUUUUCGCGGAUUACGCCCUUGCUCACAAGAAGCUUUCGGAACUGGGAGCUAAGUUUGAGCCCCAGGGCGGCGUUAGGAUCUGA